AUGUGCAAUCUACGCUCGUCAAACAGAUGUUUACGUUGAACCUAAACUAAAAUCCAGCACAAAUGCAGGGAUACCGGCUGCAACAAUGGCUGGAAGUUCAAAUGGUAUAGAUAUUGGCGCUGAACACGAUGUUUGGUUUCACAUUGCCAUGCGUCUAGAUCCGGAGGAUGUGCAGACAUUUGGACUGGUCUGCAAACAGUUUGCCCAACUGGUGAACUCUCGAGUAUUCUGGCGUAACAUGUAUAGACGCUACUGCCUGAAGAGUGGGUCAUCCAAGGCCUGGAACUUGCAGCUUCCUGCCCAGCUGCAGUUGGAGCAAACACGCAAUUGUGAUACGAAAACCUUGCGCUCUCUCGUAACCGAAGCGUUUUUUUAUUGCUAUCGGCCGUUGAAGGAGCGAUUGGAACUGGGUUACAGCUUGGACUGGUUAUUGCAACGGUCAUUUGUGUCCUGCACCCAGAACAAGUAUCCAUGCCUGUGGAUUGUAUGUUAUACUCUGAGUAAUCAGCAAUCCAAUCACAUUCAAUUCCGACACGGAGAGCAAGAAGUGAAGGCCACAAAUGAUGAAAUUGAAGUGGUCAAUGAUUGGGAAGCUCUUGCGAAUGAUGAAGCUAAUUCUUCACUCCCGAGCUAUAAUUAUGAGCAUCGCCACGAAGGUGUUGUUCUCUUAAUAGUCUUGUGUCGCCAAUAUAUGCCUCUUCCGCUGCAGCUGCUCUACAAUCAGCAGCAGUCGCGAUUCCGUGUCAAAGCCACCCGUGAAAUGCUCUGCACGGAUAUGAGAGCAAAGAACCUUGAACUGGACUUUGUGGACGACAAUAAUAGUAAUAGUAAAUUGAGUGUGACUGUGAAAUACUCGCGUAUAGAAAAAUACAAGGUUUUGCCCUGGUGGCAUCCGGAUUUUAAAAAGUUUUUUAAAUAAAACUGUUUCCAAGUACAAAUCGGUUGUUUG